UCGAAAAAGUAUGAAAUCUCAAAGAUUGCUCUUCUUCCUAUCGUUGCAAAUAUUUUAUAUCCAACCGACACGUACAAUAGCAAAACCAAUUGUUGGUGUCAAUGUGAGGGAGCCGAGAGCGAACGAAAUGGAAUUCUCUGCGGUUGUUUCGAUCGUCUCAGUUUUUAACACGAGUGCUAAUAACGAGCAACAAUUUCAAGAUGACAUUAUAUGUUCGGGGACGCUUAUUUCGUUAGUGCACGUUGUCACAGCAGAACAUUGUGCCCAGGGAACGAGAAAUCAUAGAAUAGAAGUUAUUGCUGGAUCGAUUGAUAUACGACUUGGAUGCAGAUAUCCAUUGUUUUGGUGGGUAACGCAUAAUCAAUGGGCGGUAUCGCAGCUUCGACGUAAUCGAUACACCGUCAACGAUAUUUCCGUUAUAAAAUUACUUGGUCAAGUACACGGGAGUAUAGUUCCAGCUGUAUUGUCAAAUCUGUCAAAAAAACGUUUAGUCGGUGCGUCUGCUACAAUGGCUGGAUGGGGCAAAUUAAAUAACGAAGAAAUACCCAUGAUAAUUCAUGUAGCUAAUGUCACAAUACUUUCCGAUUUUGAUUGUUUGGCAAUACAUCACCAAUUUUACGAUUUUACUUAUCAUAUGCCAGCCUCGGAUAUAUGUUCCGUAAAUGAACCCUAUGUACUUUUGGAACACGGUGAUAGCGGUGGUCCACUUUUACAAGGAAAUGUAAUUGUAGGUGUUAACUUAGGUACAUUUCCGUUUCACGAUAUGGGAUUUCAUCCCGAAUUGGCAAAUAUUCAUGUUACUAUUCACUAUUAUAGAGUUUUUCUUAGCCAUCUGUUGAAUAACUGAAAUUACGCAUUAAUUGCUAGUAAUAGCAUUGAAGGAAAAGUAAUUAUCAAUUGUAUAUACUAAUAUUA